GGCGCCUACGGCGUGAUGCUGCUGUCGCUCGUCCUGUUUGCCGUGGGCAUCGUGGGCAACCUGGCGCUCAUGUGCAUCGUGUGGCACAACUACUACCUGAAGAGCGCGUGGAACUGCAUGCUCGCCGGUCUGGCCUUCUGGGACUUUCUGGUGCUUUUCUUUUGCCUGCCCGUUGUGGCUUUCAACGAGAUCGCCAGGAAGCGCCUGCUGGGGGAUGUUUCGUGCAAGAUCGUGCCGUACCUGGAGGUGGCAUCCCAGGGUGUGAGCACCUUCAGCCUAUGUGCCCUAGCCAUAGAUCGCUUCCAGGUGGCCACUAGCACCGAAUCCAAGGCCCAGCAGGUGGAGCAGUGUCAGUCCAUCCUGGCCAAGCUGGCUGUCGUGUGGGUGGGCUCCAUGAUCCUAGCCCUCCCUGAGCUGUUGCUGUGGCAGCUUAGCCAAGAUGUCUCCACGACCACCGGACACCUGGUGGAUUCCUGCACAAUGAAGCCAUCCACCAGCCUUCCCGAGUCGGUCUACUCCCUGGUGCUCACCUAUCACGACGCCCGUAUGUGGUGGUGCUUCGGCUGCUACUUCUGCCUGCCCAUGAUCUUCACACUUUCUUGCCAGAUGGUCACGCGCCAAAUUGCAGGCAGCGUCAGUCGUGGAUGGGAGGCCAAAAAAACGCCACCAAAGAAGCCCGGCCGACAAAGAGGGAGGCGGGAAAGUCGGCUCGACUCAACAGUUACGGCGUUAGCUCUGGUGUAUGGUGUGUGCGCGCUACCAGAGAACGGCUGCAAUGCUGCGCUGACCUACCUUUCAGCCCAGAUGUCGACCUCCACGCAGGCGCUGCUGCUGCUGGUCGGGCAGUUCUUUUUGUUUUUCCGGGCUGCCACCACGCCGGUGCUGCUGCUAUGCCUGUGUCGCCCGCUCGGUCAGGCCUUCAUGGACUGCUGCUGCUGCUGCUGCGAGACCUGCCUGUCGGAUGGAGCGUCUUCGGCUCCCUCCACGCCAUCAACCACAAGCUCCAGAGCCCCCAGUAGAGAAAGUGAGCUGAAGUCCCCCACAGCGGCAUCCCCAUCCAUUCACUUUACCAUGGUCAGGGACAACCCAUCCAUCCUGGCUAUUGGUACACCCUGCUGAGUUCUAUCCCCUCGGUGAAAUACAGGGCUCCUAUCACAGCGGUCUGUCUCUCUAGCCAAAUAUAGCCAUCCCAUGAA